AUGGCUAGAGGCAACCAGCGAGACAAGGCCCGCGAAGCCAAUUUGAAGAAGCUGGCAGAACAGAAGAAAGGCAACAGCAUGUCGGGCCCUGAAAUGCAACGCGAGAAGGAAAAGGUCGCACAGAAGAUGCGAGAAAAACAGGCAGCCGCGGACGCAAAGAAAGCUGUUGAAAGCGCCACCAAGAAGAAAUAA